GGACGGGAACGGAAUUGAAGCCGACUAAACGGGAGUUCAACCCCUAACUUCCAAAACCCUAACCUUUUUAGUUCUCCCGCCCCUCACUCUCCUUGCCAUACGGAGGAAAAGGCUAGGGUUUUAGCCAAAUACGCAGGAGAGAGAGAGAGAGUGUGGCAGGGAUUUGUUAGGUUCUUUUGUUUCUCCUCCGAGCGGGUGAAGAUGGUGGUGGACAAGGGGAAGAAGAUGAAAGUAGCAGAGAAAAGCGAAGACGACAACCACCACUCUGACCAAAUUGAUGGAGACCUCGUCCUCUCGAUUGAAAAGCUCCAGGAGAUCCAAGAUGACCUCGAAAAGAUCAAUGAGGAGGCAAGUGAUAAGGUCUUGGAAGUAGAGCAGAAAUAUAACGAGAUACGUAAGCCAGUUUAUGAUAAGCGGAGUGAGAUCAUCAAAUCUAUUCCUGAUUUCUGGUUAACUGCUUUCUUAAGCCAUCCUGCUCUUGGCGAGCUUCUGACUGAAGAGGAUCAAAAGAUGUUCAAACAUUUGCUUUCCUUGGAAGUGGAGGAUUCUAAAGAUGUGAAGUCAGGCUACUCUAUCGCAUUUAACUUCGAGCCAAAUCCAUAUUUUGAAGACACAAAACUCGUAAAGUCUUUCACUUUCCUUGACGAAGGAACCACAAAAAUUACUGCUACAUCAAUCAAGUGGAAGGAAGGCAUGGGCAUACCUAAUGGAGUUAAUCAUGACAAGAAAGGGAACAAGCGGCCUUUCGCUGAUGAAAGCUUCUUUAGCUGGUUUAGUGAUACUCAACAAAAGGAUGACGUGGAUGAGAUUCAUGAUGAGAUUGCUGAGAUAAUCAAGGAGGAUCUGUGGCCCAAUCCCCUUAAUUAUUUUAAUACUGAGGCUGAUGAAGAGGAUUUUGAUGGUGAGGAGGCUGAUGAAGAGGGAAAGGAUGGUGACGACUCUGAUGAGGACGAGGAUGAUGACGAUGACGAUCUGGACGAAAAAUGACAAGGCAGGCAAAUAAUGCCCCCUCUUCAGUUAGGGAUUUACUUCUGUUAGCCAUGAUUCUUUGGCAUGAAUGAGCUUGUGUAAAUUUGUUUUUAGUGGUUUUAUCUCAACGGAUGGAGGAGAGUAUCCAACCUAGCUCUACUGUUAUGAUAGUUUCUUAUCUCGUGUAGGCGACUAAAUGCUGACAAUUACCAGCUUCCUUUGUUUACUUUUAGUCAAAGGUGAUAUUUAUUUUUGUGUUUUUUUACCUGCUAGGCAGGUCUCUUAGAUUAAAAUGGUAUGUUGUCUUAUUCUUGUUUUUGGUAAAACUUUAUCAUGAGAAAGAAGUAAAAAAAGAGUUAUGUCUUGAACGUAAA